AUGGCCAACCCUGCGGACUUUGUCCCAGCCGUAUUAGACCCUCUGCUCGAAUAUCUUGCCGCUCGUCUCCCGCCUCCACUUUACUCGUUGUUGGUCAGCAUCCUCUCCCACUCGUUUGCAACCGCUACAGCCGUCGCUGGGCUGUGUGGCUCGCUAUUAUCCAGCCAUCCUUCGGAAUGGAAUGCGCAAACCCUUUUACCUCCUUUUAUCACCAUCGUCGCCGCCUAUCUUGCUCUCGCCAGCCUAUAUCGGACGACAAGAUGGUUCCUGCGACUCACCUUUUUCUUUGUCAAAUGGGGGACACUCUUUGGUGUCUUGAUAGCAGGAGCAGGGUAUCUCAUGGGCGACGCUACACGAGACGUUGUCGGAACGCAGGGCAUUAUACCCGUUGUCGUCGAUAUACUCGCCGGAUUAUUCGAUGAUACCGCCAAUGGGGAGGAUACUAGACCGAAGUCUCGGUCAACGCGAAGAAGGAAGCCGAAUAAACCCAAGCCUUGGGACUCGUUCGAGCAGCACAAGCAGUGGAAAUACGAGCAAGAAUCAGAUGCGCGGCGCCAAAAUCCUCAAGCUCAACAGGUGAUAGACAUGAUCACCGGCGCUGCAGGACAGCUUUUUGGGAGAGCAGAUUGGCUCAGUGGGAUGAGCAAAGACGAGUCACCACCGCGCAAUGUUGACGGGCAGAAGAAGCGCUCUAAGGGCGCAGAUGGGGGAAGUGGACGGACAGGUAGCUCUCGGUCUAGUUGA